AACGAGCGGAAAUGCUUUUGACGUCAUAGCGCUAGUUCCUUCGAUCGAAAGCCAAUACGGGAAUACGGCUUGUCCUUGAAUUCUCUGGGUGUUUGACUGUUCAUAAUUCGUGCUGUGCACUGUGUUAUUAAUAAUGGAAGCAAUACAAAAGCAAUAUUACAAAUGCUGUAUGGUGCCACUGUGUCCCAGUACAACUUUUAAAACGCCAGAUAAGCUAUUUAUUCGUGUACCACGAGAUAAAAGCCGGCGUUUAACAUGGUUAAAGGCAUGCAGAAGAGCUCAAACGGAUAUUUCUGAGAAGACUACUGCCCAUGUAUGUGAAGAUCAUUUUAAUCUGGAGGAAGAUAUGGAUAACUAUGUUAAAUUCAAGUUAAUGGGAGGUCUAAAAAAAAUGAAGGCUAAUGUAGUUCCUCAUAUAUUUGAUUGCCAGCCAGACAGAAAAAGAUCUCAUACAAAUCAUCCCAGGGCAGCAGCUGUUAAGAGAGCUAAGAGAAGAAUUGUUGAUGAAUCUAUUGCUAGUUCUGCUAUGACACAAGAACAAGUUUUUAAUCAAGACGAUUUGCAGAUAGUUGCAUCUAGUAGCCAGACUUCAACGAUCAGCAUUCCUCCUAGACAAGCGGCAAGAAAUGCAUCAAAGGCGAUCUCGGCUUCAAGUUUCGACAAGUCAAUGGAAAAAUUUAAUCCAGAUUUGAGCCAGAGAGAGAAGCGGAAGCUCAAUAAAAAAUUCAACCAGUCGACGGUUAGAAAACCCAAUGGGGCUGUUUAUGAUGAAAAGGGAAGACACGUUUCUGGAGUGGAUUUGUGUGAUUGUCUAAAUGAAAAAUGCCCAGGGUGCUGGUUUGAGUGUCCCAAAUGUGAAUCCAACAAGUGCGGAACCGAGUGCCGAGUGUUUAGGAAAUAUAUUGUCGAUUCCAUAGAGUAUCACGGCUAUGAUAAGACUGUUCGCAAUAACUUGGCGCUUAGAAGUUAAGGUGAAAAGUCGAUCUAAUUAGGAUAUACAUUUUUAUUUGUAAGUAGUAACAUACGUGACAUUUACGAGGCUAACGACUUUUUGAUUUCGUCAGGAGAUAUUCUCAUUCCCAUUAUUGGGCCAAAUAGAACAUCUUAAAAUUAAAUGUGAUUUGAAAUAA